AUGAACAAGCUUGUUGAAAAAUCUGUUCCUUUUCAAAGCAAACCAGCACUUGUCGUUAAGGUUUUAAUUGAAAAAGACUGGGUUUCCUUUGGCCACAAAUUUAACCACAGAUAUGGCAAUUUAGAUGGAGAUCCAAAGGAGAUAUCCCCUGUUAUUGACCAGUUCAUUGAGUGUGUCUGGCAGCUAAUGGAACAGUUUCCUUGUGCCUUUGAGUUCAAUGAGAGAUUCCUGAUCCACAUACAACACCACAUCUAUUCCUGCCAGUUUGGUAAUUUCCUGUGUAACAGCCAGAAGGAGAGACGAGAGCUGAAAAUCCAAGAAAGAACAUAUUCACUGUGGGCUCACUUGUGGAAAAAUCGUGCAGAUUACCUGAAUCCUUUGUACAGACCAGAUCACAGUCAAACCUGGGGGACCCUGCACCCACAGAUGGCUCCCUGCAACUUCUUGUACAAGUUCUGGAGUGGUAUGUACAACCGCUUUGAAAAGGGGCUGCAUCCUCGACAGUCAGUCAUUGAUUAUCUGAUGGCAGUGAAGGAGGAGACUCAGCAGCUGGAAGAAGAACUGGCAGUCUUAGGAGAGAGAUUGGCAAAUCUUCAAAAAUUGCAAUUAAAUGGUAAUAAAGUCAAGAGUAAGCAGCAAGACCGAAGCAAGGAGUUGGUGCUUUCUGCUUCCAACAACAGCUUAGCUAACACUCCCCAAGAGUACAGCAAUGAUCUGAAAUCAUUCCCAUCCCGGAGCCCUUCACAAGGGGAUGAAGAAGAUUCAGCCUUGAUUUUGACACAGGACAACCUGAAAAGCUCUGAUCCUGACCUCUCAGCUAACAGUGACCAAGAAUCUGGUGUGGAGGACUUAAGCUGUAGGUCCCCAAGUGCGGGUGGCUGUUUGCCUAGUGAAGACAGUGGCAAGGAUUCAGAUGAAGCUGUAUGCCUGGCAGUCUGAAAUGUCUUCACAGCAGCAAGGAUCAAGAUGCAGCUGAGUCCUUCAUGGUCUGGAGCGACAACUUUUAAUCAGAUGAAGAAUGGGAAUUGUCUGUGGCCUGAAGAAAUAAUCCAAAGAAAGGGAACUGUGCAAUUAUGUAAGUAAAGAUUUAGCAGAACAAGCCAUUAUUAAAGACAUAAUGCUAAUCUCUGAUGUUACGAAUAUUUAUUUAAGCCGAUGAUGAAUAUUUAUUUAAGCCGAUGUGGUGUUUCUUUUCACUUUAUCAAUGGUGCACAUAAUUGUUCCUUACCCUGUACAUUUCCAUAAUUAUUUAUUGUACAAAUUAAUAGUUAUUCUCCAGAAACACAAAAUUCCGAAGUACUUUAUGUAUGGACAAAGCUGCAGGUUCAUUAGCACUAGGCUUACGAGUAGUCAAAACUUAUUUUUGUAGAGUUUUUUUGCCUUUGGACAUACCUUAUAUUCCUUU